AGACUUCAGUAAUCAGUUGUCAAGCUGCGCUUGCGCAUAUAAAUCGUUUGUUACAUUCCGUAACAUAAUCCGGUAAAACUUGUUUUUAAUUCAAAACUAAUCAGUCGAGAAAUCUCGUGAACACUGCGUCGAGUGAUAAUAAUACUAUAAUAAAUUAAGAUAAAUACCGAAAUCACUCUUAAUUAAUUAUAGGAGAAGCAGUAAACAGAGACAAAAAUGGAUUCAUUUAAAAAGAAUUGGUUUACUGAAGUAUGUGAGAUGUGGCCUGGUGGAACAUUUUCAUUUGAAGUUAAAGAAGUAUUGCAUAAAGAGAAGUCAAAGUAUCAAGACAUCUUAGUCCUAGACACCACCAGCCUUGGUAGGGUCCUUGUUCUAGAUGGUAUUAUACAGUGCACCCAGAAAGAUGAGUUUUCAUAUCAGGAAAUGAUUUCUUUCUUGCCCCUGUGCUGCCAUAAAAAUCCCGAAAAAGUGCUCAUUGUAGGAGGUGGAGAUGGGGGAGUUGCUAGAGAAGUUGCAAAACAUCCAUUAGUAAAGGAAAUCGUUCAGGUGGAAAUUGACGAUAAAGUUAUCGAGGUAUCUAAAAAGUAUCUUCCAUUUAUGGCAGUCGGUUUUGAAAGUAAAAAACUCAAACUUCACGUAGGAGAUGGCUUCGAGUUCAUGAAGAACCAUAGUCAGGAAUUUGACGUCAUCAUAACAGAUAGCAGCGACCCCGUCGGUCCAGCUGUUAGUUUGUUUCAAGAAAAUUAUUUUGCACUCAUGAAAAGCGCAUUAAAGCCUAAUGGAAUCGUUUGUUCGCAAGCUGGUACAUUUUGGUACAGCAUGGAUUUAGUAUCAAGUACACUAAAGAUCUGCAAAAAUCAAUUUCCGAAAGCCGCGUACGCUACAACGUCUGUACCGACUUAUCCUUCAGGGCAAAUUGGUUUUGUCAUUGGGUCUCUUGAUAGUGAUGUUCAGUUUGACAAGCCGACUUUGACGUUUUCCCGCCAAGAUGAGCUUUCUAUGAAUUUGAGGUACUAUAGCACUGACGUUCAUAAAGCAGCAUUUGCGCUUCCAACUUUCGUCAAAAAUGAAUUAGAAAAGUAGUUUGAUUCAAAAAUAUUGUACUUAGUUGUGCAUUUAUUUUAUAAAAUUUGAGAAUAAUUACGGUUAAAAAUAUAAGCUUGUUGUUGAGUUUUACUUCAAUUUUAUGACAUUCCGAUGCAUUCCUGCUAUUUUUAGAUAUUUCAUAAAUGAUUUCUCAUUUAAAAUAUGUUACGUAUAUUGAUUGUUGUAUGAAAUAUAUUAAAUUUUUUAUUUUUUAUAACAAAUGUUUUUAUUCAUGUUUUAAAUAAAUGAAUGUAUAUUUAGCGAAUCCUGUUUAAGGGUAUAUAAAUAAAAGCGUCUUUAAAUAUAUUUUAUUCAUGAUCCAUAUAAUUUUCACUACAAUCUUUGGUACUUUUAGGUGGUGUAUUUUCUUCUGCUUCAUGAAUAGUCGUAAAUACUUUUCCAUUGCAAAACCUUUUUUUAAUCUUAUUUUCAUGUGUUCUGUGGUUAUGGGCCGAUAUUCUGAAAUCAUGUGUUAUACGGACAUUCAGUAAAAUAUUUAACUAAUGGUUUUUAUACAUAGGAAAUAUCGUUAUUAAGCCAUUAAAAACGUGAAUAUAUUCUAAAUGACGGGGAUAACUAUGCAAUUUGUGACUGACAGUAAAACAUCGGUAGAAACAGUGUUAGGCUCAACUCUGGCCCAGAGUUGAGGCGACGAUUCAUCAUUUUUUCAUCCAAAGCAAAUUCAUCUUUAUUUUUAAGGUAGAAAUUUGUCUUAUGUAAAUAUAUAAGCGCGCGAGUAAAACCGCGAAUGACGCAGGCGCAUUUAAGUAAAUUCAGGCCACAACGAACUAUACGUGUAAAAGUAAUGGAUAUUAUAUAUUAUAGCUUAUAAUUGUAUAUUAUCGAGCGAGCAUUAUUCACGAAUGAAUAAAAGUCAGAACUGGUUCCAGUAUUUUAAUCAAAUCGCGUUAACGCGUUAAAAUUGAAAAACAAAUGCGCAUCGCACCGCUUGAAUUGAGACUUACUGCAUUUGCAAAUAAUAAUCGGUAAUAGAAGUAUGUCUGGACUAAUAAAUGUAAAAAGAAACACAAUUUUAUAUAUUUACCUCUGAAUGACCAGGUCCCCUUCGGUAAAAAUAAGUGCCGGACAUUUAUUUUUAUUUAAAUAAUCAACACAACGCCACUGUCGUGAAUUAUCCUUGUUCGUGUGUUUUAGAUAAUACAUAAAUUUGUUCAAUAUCAUCUGAAGGGAUCCGCGGUUAGACAACGUAUAGUGCGUAGAGAUAUCUGAAAUAUAUCAAUUUCUUUAACGAAUACACAAUUUGAUUAUCUGAAAUGUUGCCAUUGCUAAGACAUAAGCAGCUGAUAGAGAUAGUGACCCUGACAUUUUUAUAUGCAGUUUAGAUGUAAUAUUCACGUUCGAUGCCGCAACGUUAGGAUAGCGCAUUACAAACCAAAUUGGAAUUCUAAAUUAACUAAUUAAAAGAUAGUAUACAAAUCAAAUAUAAUUUUUUUGCAACGAUCAACAAAUGCUUAUAGCGAUUUAAUUUCAUGGAAGUUUUAGCGGACAAUAAAAUUUGUUAUCACAAACAAUUCAUAUUAUAUUACAAUGACACUUCGAAAAUGCUACAUAGGCACGCCGAUAAAAUCUUCAGGUAUUUUAGAUAUAUAUUGAGAACGUAAAUGUUUCGGUUGUUUGGUCUACAGCGUCUCUAGUCCAGCCACAGACACGACACACACGAUCAGUUUGAUUAAAUUAAAAAAAUGCGCCAUAUUUUGAAUUUGUGUUUUGUUUAAUCAACUUCGAGAUUAGAUUUUACCGUUAUUGGGACUAUAAUAUAUUUAUAUUAUCUUUCAAAAGGUUUGACUCUUCAAAUCAAAAAUUUUACCUAACACCCCAAUCAAUCAAUAAUCUCAGCUAUAUGUAGGUCCUAUUUGAUCAAGCUACUGCCGGUGGAGUUAUUUCAUAGUAAUAUGUCAGUAAUUUGACGUUCAUAAGUGGACAAUUAGUGAUAUGAACCAAUUUUUGAAUUGAGAAUACAAUAAGAUGUCAUACCAAAAUCAGGAUCUUCAGUAUCAAGAAUUAUUUCUCCAUCUUCCUCAAUUGUCUCAACUUCUAAACUUUCUAUAGAUUCUGUCAUUGAUUCCUUUAUAUUUUCUUUUAUA